UCCAGAACGCGGAACCAUGCACAGUUUUAGAGGAAGCACUAGAAUGGGGCCGUGCGCGCCCUGGAGCGACAGGAAGAUAAAAGUGGUGGUGCGCUGAAAGUUCCUUAAAUCAUUGACUUUAGAAGCGACUCAAUGAUCAGAGACAUAACCGGACACACACUUUACACACUGCAGAAACUGUGGAAAACUCACUCAGACUACACCUGUGCACUUUCUUCACUUUCGUUAAGGAUUGGCUCAGAUCCCUGAACAGGUGUAUGCCAUCAGGAGAAGCUCGAAAGGCCUGUUUUGAGUAUGAGUAUAGGUGUCAAUGUCAUUCCUACUGCCUUUCCUCCAGUUUUGGAUCCUUAUCUUUGGCCUGACAAUUGCAGCACCACGUGUGUGUCCUCUUUCAUCCACACAGACGCCCUCACAUGGGCGUCUUCGUCCUGUCCAUCCACACUAUUUGUUAAAAUGGAACAAACUCAGCCCGAGGAGCAAGCGGACCUGAGCACGGAGUUUCAGCCUCAGCUGGAUCUUUUUAGGAAGUUGGGCUUCUCUGAUGUUCAGGUCCGAGCUGUGCUGCUCAAACUGGGCCUCCACACUGACACUGACCGGAUUCUGGGAGAGCUGAUACAGAUGAGAGCGGCAGGGAUGGAGGGCUCCGUCGGUUCUCCAGCGCUGGUUCCGCAUGGGGAAAGCCAGAGGAAAAAUCACAGUGUUUCAUCUCUACCUGCUGAACAAGAUGACACGGAUCAGGAUGAAGAUGCCCUCAAGCCAAUCGUGAUAGACGGCAGCAACGUAGCAAUGAGUCAUGGGAACAAGGAAGUUUUCUCCUGCCUGGGAAUCCAGCUGGCUGUGAAGUACUUCCUGGAUCGCGGGCACACAGACGUUACUGUGUUUGUGCCCUCAUGGCGACGGGAACAGCCCAGGCCGGACGUGCCGAUCACAGAUCAGCAAAUUCUCCGUGAGCUGGAACGGAAAAAGAUUCUGGUCUUCACCCCAUCAAGGCGCGUGGCAGGAAAGCGGGUGGUGUGCUAUGAUGAUCGCUUCAUCGUAAAGCUUGCAUAUGAUGUGGAUGGCAUCAUUGUGUCCAAUGAUACCUACCGAGACCUGCAGGGGGAAAAGCCCGAGUGGAAACGUUUCAUAGAGGAGCGGUUGCUCAUGUACUCUUUUGUCAAUGACAAGUUUAUGCUCCCAGAUGAUCCACUUGGGAGACAUGGACCUACUUUGGAAAACUUUCUACGCAAGACUCCCCGAGCGACUAAAAAACUCCCCUGCCCCUACGGUAAGAAAUGCACCUAUGGGAUCAAGUGCAAGUUCAGCCAUCCAGAACGUGGCAAGCAAUCCCAACGUUCCUUGGCAGAUGAGUUGCGUGAGAAAGCCAAAAUGCCCUCCUCUGCCCAGAACCUGUACUUGGCAGGUGCAAAUUCUUCCCAUGAAGCCUCUCUGGAGGAAGUGAUGGAGCAAAAACUCCUUUUGAAUCAAAGUGGACCCCUCAAAAAGACCCAUACCAGUGAGAAUUUGCUGGUGGUGAAGAACACACAACAGUCUACUUCAAGAAAAUCCCCUUCAAAGCGAGAUCGUUCCAGCCAAUAUUCCCCAACAAAUCCAGAUUGCAUCUCUGCUUCUUCUCAGGAGUACCUGGACUCCGGUCUGGGCUCAUACGAAUGCCACAGUGAGCACCAAUGUGGAGGAGAGCAAAGGAAGUCCAAGAAUCCUUCUAAUAGAAGGUUACGACAUCCUCUAACUUGCAGCCAGUCUUUAAACCAAUGUAAUUUACAAUCCAAUACAGGUUACCAUCCCCAACACAUGAGUAUAGCUGCGUCCCAAAACCCAAAUAACAUGCCAUACUCGUACCCGCAUUAUCACUCCUAUGGGGGAGUACCUUACCCACCAGGGAACUUUCCCCAGUAUAGUGUACCCCAUGAGUACCACCACAGAAGCAUGCCUCCUCCUCAAAGCAGGUACUGGUCCGAGGAUUACAGACACUUUGGCCACGUACCUCCAGGACCUGUGCAAGGUGACGGCACUCUCUGGAACCAUCCCAUGCCAGAGAGGGAGCAGGUGAGGAAGAAGCUGCGAGCCGUUUUUAAUGCCCGUCUUGUGGACAGAGCAAUGGAGAUGUUCCCAAACAUAAUGGACCCUCAGAAACUGGCUGUGGAAAUCAUCAACCUGCAGUCCUAUGAAGGGGUUUUGUGACUUUUGCUGCCUCAUGGUUGGCUUGUGAAAAAAGUUUACACACUAGAUAAUGUGCAUGUAUGAAUGUAUGGUACAUUUCUAGUGAAACAGUGGACAUUGGAACAAUUGUUGCAUAGAAUGCUAAGUUUAGGUGAAAGCCUUCAAAGGUUUUAAGGCUGAAAUUGAAGAAGCAGAUCAUUACAUUAAAUAAAGUCAUAUCCUACAUUUUAAAUUUUGUGAUCGCUUAAAGUGCCUUUUACCAUUGUUUUACUAUUACAUCAAAAUUUACAUUAAAAUUUGUGUCAUAAACUGAUCUGGGGGAAGCCAUGGCCUAAAGGUUAGAGAAGCAGCUUUGGGACCAAAAGGUCAUGGGUUUGAUUCCCUGGACCAGCAGGAAUGGCUGAAGUGCCCUUGAGCAAGGCACCCAACCCCCAACUUGUUCUGGGUAUGUUGUACUGUAUGCCACUCUGGGUAAGAGCAUCUGCUAAAUGCCUAUAAUGUCAUGAUAUGAAUAAAGCAUAGCAGAGUCUGCUGUUGUAGGAAAAUUCUCAUUGACAGGGUGGUGCAAUGUUCUUGCUUUUGAUUAUUUCACUUUUACAGGACAUCCUGAAGUGCUUCAUUCCUCUUAAACCACAGCAUUUUCAAAAGUCAAAGUCCUUCCCAUGCCAGAGCCUGGUCUUCCCAGGCAGUCUCCCAUCCCAUUACUAACCAGGCCCUAUCUCUGCUUCUAUAGCCCUUGGCCUCUUGCCUAUACAGCUAGGGUUACAGUGGGGGGCUGGUCCUCUGGUAACCAUGAGAAUUUGACUCCCCCACGCACAUCUUUUUUGCAGCGUGCCUUGCCAGUUGGCAGUAGGUACCAUUUUUAUGAUAGUCUUUGGUAUGACCCGACUGAGUAGAACUCGCGAUCUCCCGGUCAAGAAGCAGACAUACUAACCACUAGGUCAGCUCGUGGUCACCAUACCAUUUUAGCGAACUAUAACUUUUUAGAUUUUUUUGAAAUGAGAUGUUUUAUCCAUUUAAUAUUGUGGAACAUCUACAAAGCAAGUUGGUUUGAUUUGAGCUCUUUUGGUUAUUGGGAAAUGUACCCCAUUUACACUGGUUCAUUUGGUUUUGUAUUGCUUAAAUAUGAACUGAUAAUGUUGAGUUCAAGGUUGGGUGUUAUCAAAAUGCAGUUAUUUUGGUAAACGUGUUCUUGGUUGCAUUGACCAGCCAACCAUAGUGUUUUUUUUAAUCUGGACUUAUUUCUUAGGUAAGCUUUUCUAGGCAUGGUGGCAUGGAAUGAUGUCAUAACUGACAUCAACUCAACUAUGUGUUCCUUAUUUAUGUUUGUGUUUUUGUAUGUUUGUUUUCUAUUUUAAGAGUAUGUUAGACACCUUAAUGAGUGCUUAUAUGUAGCUUUUAAUGUUUCGUUAGUAAAUAGCCUUUAAGUGCCUAAUAUGGUCUGUUGGCACCAUGUGCCUGAAACACCAAUAAAAGUCUGAAAACUACCUAAAACAGGUAGAAGAGUGUACACCCUGUGGGUUCUGGGUAUUGUCCUGUUCAAUAUAAUGCAUUAAAUAGUCAUAGUCACUCUGUGAUGCAAGUCACAUGACUUUUUUUCUGUACAAUAGAACUCUGUUUAUUGACUGGAAGAACUUUUAUGCAAAGCAGGAUUAACAUGAUUUAAGAGGAUAAAGCAAAGAAAAGUCACAUUGAUGUAACCAUGCUUACGUGCUUUGAGGAAUGCCAAGACGCUGCAAAAAUUCCAUUGAGGUUUGAAAUUGAUUGUAAGAUUGCUUGUUGUUUUUAAACUCCUGCCUCAUUGAAGUGCCAUGGUUGGGAAGGUUUUUACAGAACAGAGUACGGCUUGGUGCUGGCUAUCAUGCAAUAAAGACGAUAUUAUAACAA